AUGUCCCCGUUCCGCAACCUCUUUCCCAAGCGCCCCGCGGUGACCAUUGAGCCAACCAGCGAUGAAAACCCCUCGUUGCAGACCGCAGCGGGCAAUUCCCAAGCCACACCGCAACAAUCCUCAUUGAGUCUAAGUCGCGGCAGAGAGGAACCCAAUGAAUACAAAAUGAGCGUUGUCAAUGAUAGCGGGGUCUAUCUUCCGCCUUCUCCAACAGAGAAAAAGAGCUUCUGGCAAAGGUCUCCUUCCCAAAACAAUAUGAGAAACCUCGUGAAUGAAAAUGAACCCUUCUCAAUAUCUAGAGAGUCCUUCGACUCUUAUCGCCGCUCAUUUGACAUCUCCGCCCACUCCACCAUCAGUCCACCCAACACGAGCACCUCCCGCACCUCUCUCGACUCCCGCUUCUCCCGCCUAAACACGCCCCGCUCAACAAUCAACGGAAAUACUUUUGACCCGCCCCCAAGGGCGGCAGACGAAGAACCAGAGCAAUUUGUCGAUGUCGGUCUAAAUGAAGAGAACAAACCUAAAAAGAAGGGCUUUUUUGCUCGGUUGACGGACACAACCACUGCUAAUCAUACCAAUACGGCGGGAGAAGACGCUUCAUCGUCGCCUGCGCAUAAUAGCCGGCCAACUUCGUCAAAUCUGGGACUAGGCUUCCAUUUUCCAGGUAGGAAGUGGGAGCAGAAUGCUGGUGCUGCCGCUAAUGCUGGUGAAAUUCAGGCGGCGGAACUGGGGAAUAUAAAUAUUCCUAUUUCCGCUGAUGUGAAAUGA